AUGGCUUACAGCCAGAGGCAAUCCCCGCCACCCCCCACUGCAGUUCACCUCCACGAACCCCAACUUGCUUCGCCUGAGGAACGAAACGCACCGCAAUAUGGCUCGUUCUCCAAGCCUUCCGCGACCGACUUUACAGGAUCGCCAGGUGUGCCCAGCAAGAUGCCUAUGCACGUUGCGUACAGUUCCGCGCGAUCAGCCACACCGCCGGCUUCCGACAAUGUCACGGAUGUCGCGGAAGAGAACUCUGCACGACCAUCGCUGCAGAAGUCUGCGACUGAGCGACCACAACCCAUGGGAAAGACAUCGCUGCAAGAGAUAAAGCGCGCGGGAACCGCACAGGAUAUGACACGGCAUAUGCAUAGGCCGAAAACGCUGACCUUCGUUCCAUACGACUCCGAUUCUGACUCCUCGAGCAAUUUCGAUGAAGACGAGACACUUGGAACACGAUUCAGCGCCACAAGGAUGAACAGCCGGAAGACGUCGAACCCGCGACCGUUCUCGAAACUGAAAUUUGGCAAUGACCAUUUCCAUACCAAGGGCAAGGUGUCAAGAAAAGAUGGGCGCGUAAAGCUGUCCAUUAGCGAGACGUUGAAUAGCGGUUAUUUUGCAAAGACGUUGGGUGCAGGGCUGAAGAAGCACUUUGCUGGUGCAGAUGAGCUGCAGAAUGGCACCGACGCACCAACCGCCCAUGCAAAGAUUGCGCCCGAUGAUGACUGCAUGGAAGAUCCCAAACGGCGCGUCCGCCUCAACAUUGUCAUCAUAGUGAUUGGGUCUCGCGGUGACAUUCAGCCCUUCCUGCGGAUAGGAAAGAUCCUAAAAGAGGACUACGGUCAUCGUGUUCGCAUAGCUACCCAUCCUGCUUUCAAGUCCUUCAUUCAGGAUGACUCUGGGUUGGAAUUUUUUUCCAUUGGUGGUAAUCCAUCUGAAUUGAUGGCGUUCAUGGUAAAGAAUCCUGGCCUGAUUCCGAGUUUGGAGACGGUCAGGGAGGGUGAAAUUGGCAGGAGACGAGCUGCCAUGUAUGAGAUGUUUCAGGGCAUGUGGCGGGCUUGCAUAAAUGCUACUGAUGACGAGAAUGAUCAUGCCAACCUGAAAAUGAGUGAGUUGCUGGCAAAGGUCGAUGCUUACAAGAUUUGCUAA